UCUACCCCCCCACACACACAUACACACACACACCAGUGCCAUUCAAUGCUUUGAGUUAACUAACAAAGUUUAUUUAAGUGUUGUAUGUUAUUGGGGCGCGUAAGUGGGGGAAUUAGUGACUUUUUGAUUUUGAACAACUGCAGUGUCACGAGCCAGGACUUCAUGUCAGAACAAUACUGUUUCUACCUUCAAGAGAAGAUGACACUGACACCAUUCAUGUCAACAUUUGAUCAGUAAAUUUAUGAAACACUUUAAAAAAAAAAAAUAAUUUAACUUUGAUUUAAUCCUAAUUUGAACGUGUGACACUUGGUGGGAUUUAAGCUACACAUUUUAUUAAAAACAAAUAAACCAAAACAUAAACGAAUUGUCUUAUUUAUUAGAUACUCUUAAUCUUAUUUUAUUUUGCAUUUAUUAGGAAACUUUUUUCUCCUGUUUUAAGCUUAAAAUUAAAGUUUGUCAGACAACAUAUAGUUUAAUUUUCCUGCAAUACCCAGCAAGCUCUUGCAUCACCUUUUCCCCCCCUCCCUGUAUAAUACUGGAAAAGUGUUGCCAUAUAUAUAUAUAUAUAUAUUUAUAUAAAUAUAUAUAUUCCCAGAGAAAUAUCUCCAUACGCGUAGAAAUAGUAAAUAUGUACUUUGUAUUGGCUCAUGUGGGCAGCCUGAGUGUGCGUGAUGCGUGUGUGUGUCUCGGGGCAGAGCAGACCCCGCCCAUUUAUGCUAAUUAAGGUCUCCCAUUGGUGUGUCAGGGGAGCAGGCCGGCUCUGAUUGGCCAGGUCGAAGCCAUUUAUUCGCUGACAGCCCCGUCACAUGAAUGGUUGUCUAUUAACUUGUUCAAAAACUAUCUGGAGUUGUCAAGGCUCAGGCGGACAGAGGCGAAAAAGUGCAGUUUGUUGAUGCUUUUUCGGAGAAGCCACGGGAGAAGUUUUGUGGACACAACAUAGCAGGGACCUAUUGGGAGAAGGCUCUCUGUCACACACGCAUACACACACACACUCACCCAGACACACACUCUACUGAGAGAGGGAGAGAGAGAGAAAGAGAGAGAGAGAGGGAGUGAGAGUGUGUGGAGACGCGGCUUGGUGCUUGUUGUUUUUGUCCAGAGAAAAAAGUUGCAGAGAAAAUCGACAGGUAACUUUCAGCAGCAGCAGCAGCAGCAGCAGCAGCAGCAGCAGCAGCCCUGCGCUCCUCACUGUCCUGCCUCUGGCUUGUGGAGUUUUGUCUCUGUGUUCUUUUCCUCUGAUCGGGAGCUCCAACUAAAAAGCUGUUCCUGAUGUAUAACAUGAUGGAGACUGAACUUAAGCCCCCUGCUCCCCAGACCAACACGGGGGGCACGGGCAACACCAACACGUCCGGCACCGGCCCCAACCAGAAAAACAGUCCGGAGCGGGUCAAGAGACCCAUGAACGCGUUCAUGGUGUGGUCCCGGGGCCAAAGGAGGAAGAUGGCGCAAGAAAAUCCCAAAAUGCACAACUCGGAGAUAAGCAAGAGACUGGGCGCCGAGUGGAAACUUCUGUCGGAGAGCGAGAAGAGACCUUUCAUCGACGAAGCCAAGAGGCUGCGGGCCCUGCACAUGAAGGAGCAUCCGGAUUACAAAUACCGGCCCCGGCGGAAAACCAAGACCCUCAUGAAGAAGGACAAAUACACCUUACCCGGCGGGCUCCUGGCUCCGGGAGGGAACGGGAUGGGAACCGGGGUCGGUGUAGGGGUGGGGGCCGGGCUGGGCGGUGGGGUGAACCAGCGGAUGGACAGCUAUGCGGCACACAUGAACGGCUGGACCAACGGGGGUUACGGCAUGAUGCAGGACCAGCUGAGCUACCAGCACCCGGGACUGAACGCGCACAACCCGAGCCAGAUGCAGUCCAUGCACCGCUACGACAUGAGCGCCCUGCAGUACAACACCAUGACCAGCUCCCAGAGCUACAUGAACGGCUCCCCGACAUACUCCAUGUCCUAUUCCCAGCAAACCACGCCGGGGAUGACCGCCCUGGGCUCCAUGGGGCCCUCCUCGGUGGUGAAGUCCGAGUCCAGCAGCUCCAGCCCGCCCGUCGUCACCUCGUCCUCCCACCGCGCCGCCCCGGGCUGCCAAAGCGGAGAUCUGAGGGACAUGAUCAGCAUGUACCUGCCCGGGGCGGAGGUGAGCGAGCAGACCGCCCAGACCAGGCUACACAUGUCCGGGCACUACCAGAGCACCGUGCCCGGGACGACGAUCAACGGCACGCUGCCGUUAACACACAUGUAAGAGACACAAAGCAAAGAGAAAGAGAAAAAAAAUGAACUUUUAUAAGAGAAACUGUGGACUACUUAACGUUGGACUAUUUUUGUACAGAAAAAAAUUCGGGGUGGGAAAAGUUGUAUAGAAGUCUCCAGGAAAAAGGACACACGACUCUUUUUUUUUUCUUUCAUUUUAUUUUAAGGAAGCUCUAGAGGAACGAUAGGAGAUCCCCCUCUUCACUGGUGGAUGAAGUUUGGAAGACUAGAAAGUGGGAGUCGCAAUCAAAUGUUUUAUUAUUGCAAUCACCUUUUGUACAGUAUUUAUCAAAGAAACAUUACAAUCAGAUGAAAUUGUUUGUUAAACUGCAAGAGGUUGCAUUUUUCCUUUCUUUUUUUUUCUUUUUUUUUUUAUAUAAAGCUACGCCAGUUCUGCAGAAAAUAUUAAAAGUGAAAAUGGCAGAACUGGAAACUAUGGGAGCGAUCAGUUAUGCUCCUUUAUUACUGCAAACUUUGGAAAGAAAAGGGACAUAAAACGAAGCAGGUAAUACUGUUUUUUUUUUUUUCAUUUAAGGUCAAUAUUACUAAAACAUUUUAAUUUCGUGGAAAAAAAAAGAUAAGACUUCUUUUCUCUCAUUCAGCUUAAAAUAUAGGUUGUUAAUUUAUAUUUCCGUCUCCCACUUUUCAUCUGUUAGAGGUAUGACGCUUGUGCUCUUUAUUUUCUAAUUGAUUUGUACAAUUUCUGUAUAUUUACUGUGAUAUUUUAAGUUUUUAUUUCAAAAUUCAUUCCCGUAGUUGUAUUUUAAAAAUUGUGGCCUGUACGCAGAAGCCAACCACUCCAUGUAUAUAUAUACCGGAACUAAUACCAUCCUUAUAACAGUUACAAUUUCAGCUGAGUAUAUUUUUUUUCAAUAUGCAGUUUGAAAUGAAUAAAUUUUGGA